AUGAAGUUUGUUGGUUACUGGCAAAGUAACUCUGACCAUACUUUGUUUAUUAAACAAAAUGAGGGAAAGGUAACAUCAUUGAUUGUAUAUGUAGAUGCUAUGGUAUUAACUGGUGAUGACCCCGAAGAAAUGGAGAAACUACAACAAUACUUAGCGACCAAGUUUGAAAUGAAAGACUUAGGACAACUGAGAUAUUUCCUAGAAACUGGAAUGCUUGAUUGCAAACCAGCUGAAACACCGAUGGAGAUGAACCAACAACUUGGAAUUUCUUUUGUGCAACAAUUAACAGACAAAGUUUGUUAUCAGCGGCUAGUGAGGAAGUUGAUCUAUCUAACUCAUACUAGACCGGAUAUUGCAUAUGCGGUAAAUGUGGUGAGCUAG